AUGAAGUUUGCUGCCGUUGUCCUCGCCUUUGCCGCUCUCGCCCACGCCCAAUCCAGGGCGGAUGUCCCCCCUUGUGCCCUCCCCUGUCUCGACGAUGCUGUGAAGCAGAAGACCAGCUGUGCAACCGAUGACUACGCUUGUAUCUGCAAGGACCAGGACGCCGUCAAGUCAGCUGCUACAAGCUGUGUCGUGUCUAAGUGUGGUAUUAGCACUUCUGAGAACGAGGUCUUGCCUGCCGUCAAGAAGAUUUGUGCUUCUCAAUAA